CUUCAACACACUCAAAACCAGAGGACCCAUGAUUUCCCAUCUUCCAUUCACACAACAGGACCCUCACUAUCCACUCUCGUUAGCAUCUUCAUUGUCGUUCGCAGGCACUUACGAAGCAAGUAAAAGCUAGAACGCGAAAGGCCCCAGUCUUUGAAGGAGAGCAAACAAUAUCUGAAAUGAAUGCUUGGUGAGAAAUAAACACAGCCUUGUAAAAACUUUAGGGGAUCUUAUUUUGGCGAGAUUCCAACCCAAACCUAAUAUUCUUCUCAAGCCAAACGAAUGAGAAGUAGCAUAGUUCAAUGUCUAUGGUAAGUGACAAGUGAAAACUACUUAAGCAAGCAGGUGUUACAAAUUGGAACUAUGUUUCUGAAUUGUUUGGGCAUGUGCUGUUCGAAGCCCACAACAAAUACAAAUUCAUCUCGGAGACAGUUUCCAUCGUUAAUAGAAGAACUGUGCCAUCAAUUUUCUCUCAUCGAUAUCAGGAAAGCCACCGAUAACUUUGAUACAAACAGAGUAGUAGGACGUGGAUUAUUUAGUGAAGUAUAUAAAGGCUGUUUACAGCAUAAUGGGGCUUCUGAUUACACGGUCGCAAUAAAGCGAUUUAAUGAUCAAGGAUGGGAAGCGUUCAACACGGAAAUAGAAUUGUUAUGUCAGCUUCAUCACCCCAGAUGUGUGUCUCUUAUAGGAUUCUGCAACCACGAAAAUGAGAAGAUUCUUGUAUACGAGUACAUGUCCAAUGGAUCUCUAGACGAACAACUACAAGAUGGUAAACUAUCAUGGAAGAAGAGGCUAGAAAUUUGCAUAGGAGUAGCACGUAUACUACACUACAUUCACACCGGAGCUAAACGUACCAUCUUUCACUGCAUCCUAGGUCCUAAUACCAUCCUUUUGGAUGACCACAUGGAGCCAAAACUCUCUGGUUUUGGUGUUAGCCUGCAGGGAUCACGUUUUAUGUCAAAGCAGAAGCAAAUGAAUGUAGAGCAUGUUAUGGGUACUUGGGGCUUCAUGGCUGCGCUGGUCACCGAUGGUACCAUCACAGCUAAAUGGGAUGUUUUCUCAUUUGGUUUGGUUCUACUCGAUGUUGUGUGCAGGAGAACCCUGACUGAAAAAAAUUUUCCGGAGAACCACCCUGUUGAGGAGAAAAUUGAUCCGAUUCUCAAAGGAAAGAUUGCACCAGAUUGUUGGCAAGUGUUUGUUGAUGUCAUGGUAAAUUGCUUGAAGUAUGAACCAGAUGAGCGACCUACAAUGGGUGAAGUAGAGGUGCAACUUGAGCACGCUCUAUCGAUGCAGGAACAAGCAGAUAUCACAAACUCCAACUGUGAUUAUACCAUAUUGUCCAAAACCAUUAUUCCACGUGGAGUGAAAGUGAUGGGUGUAUUGAGGAGAAGGUUUCCUGUGAGUUACACAGACACCAAUAACACCUGAGUCAACUAUAUAAGGGAACAACACCACUCUUUAUCUAAAACCUUAAGACAAUGGGUUAAUGGAUCUUUCAUUUUUAUAUACU